AUGUCAUUCCAACAAAAUUUUGAUGAUUUUUCCGCUUUUUACGAACAUGUCUUAACCCGACUCAAAAAACAAGAAAAAGAAAACUUUUCUACUACCUCGGUUUCUAAUGCAAACGAAAAAAGAAAAGAGAAACCUAAUAAUAACCAAAAAGUCAUAGUUUGCAAUAGAGAUAGCAGUAAAAAUUGGUUCGGAAUAAAAGCUACGGGUCUCCUUGAGCAUGCCUCCUUACUCACCACCCAAGCAACUCUAUUAACUGCUAAUUUCUUAGCACACCACUUAACGGGUCCGAGAAGACCUUCAUGGCCUGUACAAGUCACGUUAAUGUCUUCUUUUAUGAGAAAUCUUGCGAAUCAUACUCACCUUGCUAACGUGCAACUAUUACGCCGCUUCACUGAAAUUCCUAAUCCUUUAAUACCUUCGGAUAUUGUGGUCACUCCUGUAACUUUCCCCGUUUACAAUCGUGGAUUAUAUGGUAUUCUAAGGGAACAUGAUCAAAAAGAAAAUGGGACGCGUGAAAUUGACGGUGAAUGGGUAGUACCAAAAUCUUUAUGGAGUAAAAUUAAUCAGGAAUUUCACAUGAACUCUUCCAAACUCUUUUGGAUCGAUGAGAAUAAUGUGAAAUGGUCAAACGAAAAAGUUGUCUUGGCUAUCCACGGUGGUGCUUAUUAUGUAAUGUCAACUAGAACACACCGAGAUCUAAACUAUCGAUUAUCAAAGUCGACAGGAAGAAGAGUGUUUGCCAUCAAUUAUAGACUAGCUCCCGAAGGUCCAUUCCCUUGUGGUCUUCAUGAUGUCGUACAUUCAUAUUUGUAUUUGACCGAUCCGAAUGGGUUGGCAAUUCAACCUCAAAAUAUUGUGGUAGCAGGAGAUAGUGCUGGUGGUGGCUUAACUUUGGCUCUAUUACUGUAUCUUCGGGAUCAUGGAAUGCCACUUCCGGGAGGAGCAUUAUUAUUUUCGCCAUGGGUUGAUCUGACGAUGAGUUGCUAUAGUUGGGAACAUAAUCAACCAUAUGAUAUUCUCCCCAAAAUUUCAGACGAAGAUCCGCUGCAUCCUGUAAGACUUUACCUGACUCCUUUCGAGGAGCGAUCACAUCUACUCACUCAUCCUUAUGUGUCACCAAUAUUUGGUGAUAUGAACCAUCUACCCCCGCUAUUAAUACAAUGUGGAGAUUCUGAAGUGUUAAGAGAUGAAAUUAUAUUAUUAGCUAAUAAGAUAGAAAAGACAGGCACAACUUUUGUUCAGCAUGAAAUAUAUGAAGAUAUGAUUCAUGUAUUCCAAACAUUUAGUUUUUUGGAACCUGCUCAAAAAGCAGUUGAUGCCGCAGGCUACUGGGUUAAGAAUGUUCUACCAUUACAUCAAAUAAACAUUAACCUUCAAAAGAUACGUCCAAGAACACUUUCAAUGCCUGAUUUCACAAAAUCAAAUGAACCUUUGGUAUCAAAUUCCUUAUAUAACGACGACAGUCUAAGGUCGACACAAUCAACUCCCACAAUGCCUGCAACUGAGGAUAUUGCAAAUUCCGGAGACGAAACAGGAAUCUCAACUCCAGGAGAAUUAUCGAGUGAAGAAAAUAAACUAAAAGGAAUGACUUUCUUUGGACCAUCGGAGCCGCUACCUACUAAAUGUGAUAAAUCUACUUCCACCGAUGAAGAUGGUAUUAUCUUCGCACAAAUGAGAACACCAAGUCCACCUUUAACGUCCGACGAAGAGAGUAGCUUCAAGCAGGAUCAUAUUUGUUUUAGACCUCGAAGACGUUUCCGAUCUUCUAGUCAUCCCGAAUUACGACAAUUAUAUACGAUGUUUACACAAGAUGCGCCUAUUCCCGAAGUGUGUUCGAAGAAUUUGGACAUCUCUGAUGGUCAUGAUCUACAGCAUCAGCCCAGCUCCAAAGAAAUGGUUGAUGUUGCUGUGGGUUCUUGA